GCAAAGACCAAGCACUGCAUCAUUACUAACAGAUCACUGAAAGAAGAAAACCUGUAAGGACUAUCAUGACAUGGCAGAAAAAUGGAACAAUGCUAUAAGGCAAAAGUCUACUGAGCUUCAUGGACACACUUGGCAUGUUGAAUUUGAUGACUCUAUUACGCCAGAUGGCACAGCUCCUGGAUGGUACCAGUACAUUUCUGGAUCUUUCGCAGGGUUCACCUGUUCUCAGUGUGAUAGAUACUGGGGGUCUAAAAAAGUGCAGGUGAUCUUCCAUUUCCACCUGAACUCAGCAAGUAACCAGGGAACCAUUAAGGUGCGACGCAUUAAACAGGAAUGUAAUAGUUGUGAUGAAGCUCAGAUGGAGGAACCAGACUUCCAGGAAAACGUCGAUGUGCUGGUCGAGAGACUGGUUACAAAGAUUCGUAUGAGAUGCUACAAGGAAGACCUGGGUGACACCAACAGGGCCUCAAAAGGUUAUGACAAAAUAGAAGGACCUCAUGAAAGUUCGCAUUGUGAAGCCUGUCAUCUUGGCAUCUGCGGUCAGGCCAAAUGAAACUGAUGUCGUUUUCUGUUAAGACUUAAACUAUAUUUAAAAAUGACAUGUUGUUUUUAGUGUAUGUUUUGGGUUGAACUAAAUUAGGGUGAAAUAAUACUGUCAUAACACUGUUUUAAAAAAAUGUAAUGUAACAUAAACAUAUUGUAAAACAUGAGAUUAAUUAAAAUAUUUUACCUCCUG